AUGAGCUAUUUAUUUGCAAUUUUUCUGCAUGAAAAUCGAACUCUGGCAAAUGAUUAUUCUUUACCAAUACAAAACACCAGCAUAAUUAGUGAGCCAUUCAAAUCAGACAUUCCUUAUAUUUUUCAAAAGAAAAUAAAAUGUGAGAUUGAAUCCGAGGCAACACCUCUUGAUAGAGCGAUUGACCGGCAGGAUGGCAAAAGAUGCUAUUCGUGAAAGAAGCAGGCGAUCUCAAUAGGAAGCCUGCCAAAGCAGGGUGCUUUGUUUCUCCCCCAAAAUGUUUUCCUGACCCUGCCAGAUGGGCUAGACAGGUUUUGCCUACCACUUGGUCCCUUCUCUAUCGGGAACAACGGGGCACUCUACUGAUGGUAGCUCUGCCCAGGAGAGUUAAUCCCAUGACAGGUGGUUCAGAUCGGAAAUUCAAGAUGCAGCCUUUCCAUUUUCCUCAUUUGAACUCUGAUGUAUAUGGAGGCUGCUACCUUGGAGCCGAGAUAGGGCAAAUGCUGGUGGGUCGUCUGCUUAUGGCCAGUUUAAACAAUUUAAAACAAAAAUUAUAUUUUGACGUUGACGAAAAUAGGACCCCGAGGCGCACUCUCUAUGGAGCAGGUCGAGCCCAUCCCAAUGAAGUUGAAAGUAAUGUCUCUGUCACUUUUGACAGGCUUGGUGAUGCCUUCCCAAAGAUUGAAGUUUUUUUCUCACCGAAGGUUUUCCUCUCCCUGCCCAGACCGACUAGACAGGCUUUGCAUAUCAAUUAGCCAAAGUCUAUUGGGCAUCCUCAAGAGGCGGCUCUAACCUAUAGAGCUAAUCCUUAGGCUAGAUUGGUUUACUCUAGAAAGUCAGGCUAGUAAUUAAUUCGCUUAUGGCCUUAAACCACUUAGCUUAACUUAUAUCUUUCUUUAUUUAACAGGGGAUCAUAUCCGAGACUGGAAAUAUAUUAAUGGCUUGUAUCGAGUCCUGAAAAAAACUCUUUCUGACAGAAUUUUUUUAGAUCUAUCUUUUGAGUAUUAUUCAAAUCUUAAUGGUACUGAAAUAACUGAUGAUUGUAUUGCCUCAGGACGAUACUGCUUAAAAGAUUCACAAAGCAUCAACUUAGGCAGAGACCUUGUAAUUGAGUCUUUACGGUCUCUUUGUUUUUUGAAAAAAACAAGAAAAAAUUCAGAAUCAUCAAGAAUUUUUAUUGAAUAUUUGGAGUUAAUUUCAAAUUAUUGCAGAUAUAGCUAUGCAAGCCUUUGUAGUAAAAUUUAUUUGUAUGCUGUUGGGCAAUCACCAUCAGAAAUAUUAAAAUGUGUUAAUGAUUCUGUUGAUGGGACUGAUAUAUUGGUUGAUGAUAAUAGAAUUUUGCAGAAGGAAUUUGAGAAAAAUAGAAAUUUUUCAUAUAUAGCUCCGACAAUUAUCAUUAAUGGAGAGGAGUUUGAUAGCCAAAAAGGCUCAUUGCUAGAGCUUUACUGUAACAGUUUAAAAAAUCCUCCAAAAUCCUGCCAAGCCCAUCAGUCAGAUGACGAAAAUAUCGGGCCCUUAACAAUUUUUGUCCUUAUCUCUUGUUCCAUAGUUGGCUUCAGCCUUUCAAAGUUAGUAAUAAUCGGAAUUAUCAAAUAUUGCUGCCUAAACUCCAAAUGCUUCAAAAUGCUGAAACCCCCUAUCCACCAGCGGCUUGAAGAAAAAGCUUUUGCCUCAGAUCUUGAAUUUUUAGGAGAAUCAGUUUGUACUAUAUGUUUAACCGAACUAUCCGAAAAUGAUAAGGUAAAAAUAACGACUUGUCGUCAUAUUUUUCAUUCAAGCUGCCUCAAUGAGUGGCUGAUUUUGAAAUCUUUCCGUCCUAGAUGGCUCCAUGCCAAUUGACAGUGGAUUUUGACAGUGUACAUUUCAUCGGAAUACAUUUGGUCAAAAAUUUUUAAUAGUGUGAUAUUUGGCCGAAAAUAUCUCACUAUCAAAAAUUUUCAACCAAUUUUCGGCCAAAAAUUUUUUCGGUGAAAUGGACACUAUCAAAAAGGCAAUGUCAUUUGACCUGCAUCCGUCCUAGAUGCCCAAACUGCAACCUUAACCCAGUGACUUCGCAUAAUUAA